UAAAAAAAUAUCAAAAUUAUAUUAUAUUAAGAAUAAAUAAAUAAAAAUUUUUAAUUUUAUUUGUAUAUGUUUUAUAAAUAUUACUACAAUUUAUUUAAUAACAAGUUAUAAUAAUCAUGAAUACAAAAAAGGGAAUAACUUUUGGUAAAAUUAAUAAAGAUUUAACUCGAGAUAUGACGAAAAAUACAGAAACUGUAAGUUCUGGAUUUGGUACAUUUGGCAAAAAAUCAUUGGAGACUAAUAUAACAAAAAUGAAUGAAAUUAAACCUGAAGAUGAAGAAGAGUCUCAAAAUUUGAAACAAGUUAUGGGCAUAACAGGUUUUGGUAAGAAGGCUAAAUCUUUUGAUGUAGAAGAAAUGUUGGAAAAUAUUACAAAAACUAUUAAUAAUAGCAAAGUAAGUAAUGUAAAUAUAAAAUCUAUUGAAAAAGAAUCUAAAACUACACUUGUAAAAGAAAUAUCUAAAGAUAUUAAUAUUAUUAAUAAUGAAAGUACUAAUGAUAAUGAGGAAGAUGAUGAUUUUAUUGGACCUCCAAUACCUCCAGAACUUCAGAAUUCAAUUAAUUUAGAGCAAUCUAUGAAAAUAAAAGAUCAAAAUGACAAUGAAAGUGAUGAAGAUGAAGAACAAUCUGAUGUAGAAGAAGAAUUACAAUUAAAAGAUAAAAUUCCAUGCAGUCAUGAAGUUACAAUGACUCAUGGAAUGAAGGCAGUAACAGCUAUUGCAGCAGAUCCUUCUGGAGCAAGAUUAGCUUCAGGUUCUAUUGAUUAUGAUGUUUGUUUUUGGGACUUUGCUGGCAUGGAUUCAUCAAUGAGAAGUUUUAGAACAUUGCAACCUUGUGAGAACCAUCCAAUCAAAUGUUUACAAUACUCAAUGACUGGUGAUGUUAUAUUAGUUAUAUCAGGUUCUGCACAAGCGAAAGUUUUAGAUAGAGAUGGUUUUGAAAAAUGUGAAACUGUGAAGGGUGAUCAAUAUAUAACAGAUAUGGCACGUACAAAAGGUCAUACAGCAGGAUUAAACAGUGGUUGUUGGCAUCCAUUCACAAAGGAGGAAUAUCUUACUUGUUCACAAGAUAGUACUUGUAGAAUAUGGAUUUUAUAUAGACCGCGUGCACAUAAACAUCUAAUAAAAUGUAGAGCACAAAAUGGUGUUAAAACCAUACCAACCACAUGUGGUUAUAGUAGAGAAGGUAAUGUAGUUGCUUGUGGUUGUAUAGAUGGUUCUAUACAAAUGUGGGAUCAUAGAAAAAAUUUUGUUAAUCCAUCACUGAUUCAGAGAAAUGCACAUGCACAAGGUGCUGAGAUAUCAAGCUUAAGCUUCUCUUAUCUUGGACAAAUGCUUGCAACCAGAAGUUGUGAUGAUACUUUAAAGCUUUGGGAUUUAAGAGCAUUUAAAACACCUAUUUUUGAAGCAAAAAAUUUAUAUUCUAGAUAUGAUACAACCGAUUGUAUGUUUAAUCCAGAUGAUUCAAUUCUUAUUACAGGGGAAUCUUUAAGUAAAAAUCAAAAUACUGGUAGAAUUUUAUUUUAUGAUACAAAAACUUUUGAUCUAAUUAAUGGAAUAAAUGUAACAAAUUCACAUGUUAUUAAAACAUUAUGGCAUCCAAAACUAAAUCAAAUAUUUGUUGGUUGUGGAAAUGGAAUAGUUAAGGUAUAUUACGAUUCUAAGAAAAGUUUAAGAGGUGCAAAAUUAUGUAUUAUAAAAACGCAUUUAAAACAAAAACAUAUCGAAGUAAUGUCAACUCAACAAAUUAUUACACCACAUGCACUUCCAUUAUUCAGACAAGACAGACCUAAAUCAGUUCGUAAACAAAUGGAAAAAGAUCGUUUAGAUCCCGUUAAAUCGAGAAGACCGGAUUUACCAAUUACUUCUGGACAAGGUGGAAGAGUUGCUUCUUCUGGUGGAACACUUAGUUCUUAUGUAAUUCGGAAUUUGGGACUUAGUAAAAGAAUAGAAGACGAUCAAGAUCCACGAGAAGCCAUAUUAAAAUAUGCAAAAGUAGCAGAAGAAAAUCCAUACUGGAUUGCGCCAGCAUAUAAAAAAACACAACCACAAACGAUAUUCCAAACGGAUGAGCAGGAUGGAGCAUCAAGUGCAAAGAAGCAAAAAACUUAAAAAAUAUAAAUAUUUUGUAAAAAUUUUUAUAUUAUUCAUCAAUAAUCUUUUUGUAAAAAAAUUUUUCGUUUAAAAAAAAGUAUAUGAAUAUAAUAAAAACCUCAUAUUCAU